GCUGCUGCUAUCGGUUGGUGGGGAGUCCGUUCUGCGCACAACCUGUGUACCAACCCCAGCUAUGGAGUGGAAGAAGGGUGCGUCCUACUUCGCGUCGGCGUUUUCCCUCCUGGCACUGUGCAACGUUCGCAUUGGUAUAAGUGAGAUAGGGAUAGAUAGAAAGAGAAAGAGAGAGAGAGAAAUAUAGUAUAGGUGUCGUCAGUGUGACAAAGACGGUGCUACGUUUGGUUGAGGAGACCCCAGUCUACUUGUAUCUCUCUCUCUCUCUCUCUCUCUCUUUCGUUCCUCCCCUCUCCUCUCUCUUUCUCUAUCUUUAUCCGGUUGGUUAAAGGAAGACAGAGUUAGGGUGUCUCUCUCUCAGCAUUUCUGAACCCCAGGUUUUCACAGUCUCUCAUUUAACGACGAACGCGUUCGCCGCGUCUCUGCUGACCGGUGCUGAACGACACACAACACACAAUUCUUUUUCUCUCCCUUUGUCCAUUUACGAUGUUUUUUCAUAUAAUAUCCAGAAUUUACGAGUGUCCUCAUUUCUAACCUGGUCAAGAGAGAGAAACUACUCGGUGUGACAACAACAAGUCCAUCAAACAAAUUUGGAAAUGUUAGACCUAACUUUAUAGGCCUAUUUUCUAAUCUGAUUUUCAUUGGAUAUGUCGGAUUAGAGUGUGUGUGUGUGUGUGUGUUAGUUUGACAACAAGUGCAGAGAGUUUUUGAAGAAAGACUCGUUGAGAACGUUUUCAGUUUUGUUUAAAUGGUGACACACAUGGUAUAUGAUUUAUUAAGGAUAAGGAUGAUGAUUAGGAAAAGUCUUGGUGCCUUUGGUGAAUAAGUAUACGUUUUCUCUCUCUCUCUCUUUUAUCCUUGAAACGUUACCGAAUAAGAUUCACGAAUGGACGAGCCGGGAGCGUUUAAUCCCUUGCCUCUCGUUUGCAUAAUUAGCCGCGGUACUGCGCUGCGGGCUCCCUCGAGGUAGAAGAGGAGGUUAUCCCCGUAAACUUUGACCGCCAAGAUCUUACCAAGAACGGGGGAGGAAGAAAGGAAAGGAAAGUAAAGAAGAAAGGAAAGGAAACUUCGAAGUAUUCGCGAGAAGAAGAAGAAGAAGAACAGUCUUUAUAUAUAUCUCCUGAAGAGUCCUUUGAGUGUGACGGAGACAUAAAGAACAAGAAGGGGAAAGAGAGAGAGAGAGAGAGAGAGAGAGAGAGAAAGAAAGGAGGAUGAUGAUAAAAAUGGACUCUGUCGUAUCCUGCUGAUCGUUAAAAUAGAAAGACCUCGUGUAUAAGAGGUGCAGUCUCUUGGUUGGUGAGGGUUUUUUAGUUGCGUGACAGUGAACAAAUCGUUUAAGUGUUUAUGUGACACGGACAGAAGAAUAGGAGAAACAAAAAAGAAACAACAAGAAUAAAAACAAGCAAGAUUAUUCAUCAGGAUGCCGAGGGGUUCAUUGUUAAUCCUUUUAAUAAUGAUGGCAGUGACAACGAGAUUAGUUUGUCCAGAUAAAUGUGCCGAUGAGUGUACCUGCAAAUGGAAAAAUGGUAAACGUACCGUGGAAUGUAUAAAUCGUGCAUUAACGAGUAUACCAGAACGGAUCGAUCCUGAGACACAAGUGUUGGACAUGAGCGGGAAUCAUGUAAGAAGCUUGCCGAGUAACAUCUUCGUACGUGUACGUCUGACGAAUCUCCAGCGUCUCUAUCUACGCGAGUGUCGUAUCGACCGAAUCGACUCGGAGGCUUUGACCGGCCUUACGAACUUGGUCGAACUCGAUUUAAGUAAUAAUUUGUUAUCAGGGGUGCCAAGUGCCAGUUUUUCUAACACUCCCUUUUUACGUGACCUAGUGUUAGCGUAUAAUCAUUUGGAAAGGAUUCAUUCUCUUGCAUUUAAGAAUACACCUAAUUUGGUUAAACUCGAUUUAUCUCAUACCAAAUUGAUCGAAAUCGAGGCUAAAGGAUUUCGUGGUUUGGAAUCAUUGGAAAGUUUAAAAUUGAACAACAAUGAAUUAACUACGUUACAUCCCGGUACGUUCGAUCCAUUGAACAAACUCACCAGUAUCGAGUUACACGACAAUCCAUGGAUUUGCGAUUGUCGUUUGAGAGAAAUGAAGAUGUGGUUAGUGAAACAUAAUUUACCGACAUUGGUUGCACCCAUUUGUCACGGUCCUGAUCAAUUGGUCAACAAAGUCUUUACCGAUCUCGUGAUCGAUGAUUUUGCCUGUCGUCCGGUACUUUUGAUAGCUAGUCAUUAUGCCGAGGCUACGAUCGGUGAGAACGCUAGUAUAGUGUGUAGAGUAAGUGCUAUACCACCUGCUAAAGUUAAAUGGUAUUGGAACGGACGAUUGUUGACCAAUCAUUCGGCGUUUAGCAGUUAUCAAAAGGUUUUGAUCUUCGAGGAGGGACAAUUUCGUAAAAGGAGUACAUUGGUGUUAACCAAUGCACAGGAAGCUGAUUCAAGUGAAUUUUAUUGCGUUGCGGAAAAUCGUGCUGGCUGUGUGGAAGCCAAUUUCACGUUACACGUAUCAUUAAGAACGGCUGGUAUGUCGACCUUAGGAUCGGGACAGAUAGCUGGUAUAUCAGCAGCAUUGGUAGUCCUGAUACUUUUAAUUCUUCUAAUCAUUCUAGUAUUGUUCGUACGACUUAGAAGAAUGCCCCUGAAAGACGUGAAAUCACAAACGCCCGUUGAAACGGUGUCGGGUGAAGCAAACGGUGAAAUGAUCAAUUCUACUGAAAAUCCGUCAACCACUUCAUCACUGGCUCGAAGAAAACGAGAUGAGAUCGAGACAACGUCGUUCGGAAUCGAUACGAAACCACCGGUAUCCUUGAACCUAAGUUACGUACAAAGACCUCAAACUGCCCUGGUCCAGAAUGAAAGUGAUUAUAGUACAUUAACGAGAUACGACGAUCGUCAAGGUGGUGUUGGUGGUUGUGGUGGUGUUGGUGUAGUAGGUAGUGGUGGUGUUGUAGUGGGUGGUAGUGGUGGUGGUGGUAGAUCCUCGUUAUUAGUAGCACCAGGUGGUGGUGGUGGAUGUUUUUCAUCAACUACGUCCUUGAUGCCCAUCGAUAAUCCUGAUUUGAUUAGAGACACUAGACGUGGCUCUAUGGAAGAUUUAACCCCAUAUGGUGCUGGUGGUGAUUACGUUGGUGGUGUUGGUCGUAUGGAAUUAAUCGAUGACGGUAAAAUAUUAUAUUCCAGUUGUAUUUGGGAUAACACUAAUAAUACCACCACCACCACUACCAGAGACAGCAGCAGCACCACCAGCAAUAACAGUUGUAGGGAUGGUUGUAGAGAUAAUUGCAGAGGUACUUCGUUACAUGUCACUUCUUAUACCUCAUCCAAGGAAACAUUAGCCGUUGUAGCACCAACGGUUGAACAAUUUCCACCUGGUGCUAAACAAAUGCGUGUAUGGCAAAAGGGUGUACCAGUAUUACCACCUGUAUCCGCCCUAAAACGCGUAUUAGGAUCAACGCGUAGCUCACCCGACGAGGGUUAUCAGGAAGGCACUGGAACCGAUGUCUAGGUACCGCUACUUCAUUACUGCGAUCCACGGCAUCGUUAUUUGGAAUUACGUAGACGCCAUCAGGAGGAUGAUACCGACUGCUGAUUUAUUGUUCAAUAUUAUUCUUUCAAUCCUCUUUUUAUUUUUUCUUAUUUGUUUUUUUCUUCUAUAUUUUAACGAACGGGAUCGAUCCUUCUCUACAUUGGUGGUUCUUGUAUGCUGAACAAUUCGCAGUAGUGAAUAAUAAUAACAAAUAUAUAUAUACGUAAAAGAAAAAGAAAAGAUUCCAUUCAACAAAAAUUUCGCUAUGACAAGAACAAAUAAUAUAUAUAUAUAUAUAUAUAUCGUUUCAUUGACUCAGGGGGUGUCUGUUGUUUAAGAACCUCGAGUGAAACUCUUUUUAUCCAUGGUGUCGACGAAUCUGAUAAAAAUAUUAUACAGUGCACAGGUGUUAACGUGUAAGACUACAAUUCUAAGAUGAUAAAUAAUUCAUUGGAUAAAUCAUGAGUUGUCUGUGAGAAUGAAGAAUUUUUUCGUGGUGGUGGGGGAUUUAGAAAAGAAGUGGGGAUGAGGUGGAGUGUUGGGUGGGGGGCGGCGGCGGCAAUUUGAAAGAAAGAAAAAAAAGAGGUAGAACGGUUUUAUUAAGAAAGUUCAGUGUGUUAAUCGAUAAUAUUUAAACUAUGACCGUUAUACUAUCCUAAUUCUUCUGAGAUUCUUCUUCUUACUUGUUUGGAGUCCUAAAAAAAAUAAAAAAAGUAAAUAAUAUAAUAAAUGAGAGGAAGAAUAUGGAAAAAAGAAAAAAAGACAAAGGAAGAAAAGAAAAUGGAGGAAGACUGGUGCGCUACACGCGUGUACGCCGAUGGAUUGCGUAGGUAGGCCCUUUGAUUCAAACGAAAGGGCUAGGGCUAACCGUAAAAGAGCCCCUUUUUUCCGUUAGCGUCUGGACUUUCUAGUCAAUUCGAGAAUGUAAUUAGAUUAUUUUAGAAAGAGAGAGAGUGAGAGAGAGAGAUGGAAUGAGUGGAUGAGUGAAUGUGGGGGGUGGGGGAGAGGAAAGGGAGAGGACGAUGCGUCGAUUUUUUGUUUCUUUUCCCAUGGGAAAAUUUCAUUUGACAUUUUUUAACUUGAAACUUUUUAAAUAAUUUUUUUACUAUUCGUCAUUUACUUAAUGAAAAACCUUCUCGCGCCUAAGGUUUGCAAAAUAAAAUUGCGAAAAAGUGAGGUUAGUCGAAAAAAAUAUCGCAAAUUGAACUUUGCAACCCGAUUCGGAAAUUUUACUUACAUAGAAAAUGGAUUUAAUAUUCAUUAGAUAGUCAUUAGAAAGUUGAAAAUUGUUGGGGGUUUAUAAAAGAAAAAGAAAUUAGAAAAGGGCUAAAAAAAAUGUCCUCCAACGAGGUUUCCAACAUAUAUAUCUUACAUUAAAGUAGAAUCACGUCAACGUGAACACAUUUUUUUCGAAACUUUUGAGUUGAGGUUAAUUUUUCGUUUUCAAUUGUAAAAAAUUGACGAGUCUAAUUGAAAGCCUAAAAAACAACAGGGCUGCUCGAACAUUUUUUUUCUUACACGAGGCCACAUAUUGGCGCUGAUUGCGCAAAACUAUGACUGACAAAAAAUAAACACGAAGGUCAUUGUCAGGUUGGGAAACACAAUAUGCGUAUUAAAAACUUUUGGUGUUCUGGGUUGGUGGAGGGGGGAUUGAGGAUGAUGGUGGGGGGACAAGUAGACGGGUAAUUCGAUUUUGGUUGCUAAUGAAGAAAUAAUAAAACGAAAGAAAAUAAAAAAAAAAAAUGAAUUUAUAACAGGGCCGUUAUGCUGCACCAAAAAGGGGAGGUUGUGCAGGUUGAGCCAUGAUUUGAGCCCGUAAAAGGUUUUCGACGAAGUAUAAUUAGGAAUUUAAAAAUCGAUUAGAAUCUUUUGAGCUCGUAUUGUAAAUAAAAUUAAAUUUGUUUGAUCGUGAAAAUAAUUCAUGAGUACUCGAACUACUCGAAGUAAUUAAGGGUUGUUAAUAAAAAAAAAAAAAAACAAAAAAACAAAAAAAUAUGAAAAAAAAGAAAAAGAAAAUGAAAGACGAUUUGAUAGAAGAUGAGAAGACAAGAGAAAAAAAAGGGAAGAAAGAAUAAAAAAAUAGGAGAGAAACAAAAGCAAAAUGGUGGAUUUCUGUUACGCAAAGAAGAGUUUUACGUGCGCGUUUAAACUAAAACACUUGGUCGAUUAAACCUUAAGCCGAAAGGCCAAUCUCGAGUUCCCAUGCUUAGGACAAACGGUGUGUGUUUGUGGGUAUGUGUGUGUAUGUGUGUGUGUGGUGUUGGUUUGUUGUGCGUGUAAGUACGUAUACGUUCGUGUGUAUCACAGUGUCAAUGAGUUUACGUCUAUGGAUUAGUUAGUAUGUUUGUGUGUAUGUAUUUGUGAGGUUACAAACAUGUGGGGGUAGAAAAAUAGGAUACGUAGCGUGUUACUCGCAAUUCUUACGAUUUCUUUUAAUCGAUUUAUUUUAUUUUUUAUUAUAAUGUAUUUUUAAGUAACAUUCCGACGAUUAUCGACUACUAUUUAUUUAUUUAUUUAUUUAUUUGUUUAUUUAUUUUUUAGGUUAG